AUGGAAACUUCGUGUCAUUUCUCGAAGUCAGUCAUGACCAGAUGAUCAUGCCUCAUGUAUUGAACAGGACUCAUCAGAGCUUCACCUAUCCUGACCCGUAAGUACUAGGUUACCCACUGGACUGCAAAUGGAAAACAACUGGGUAAAGAACAGCCCUGAGAUCAGAAUCAAUGUGAUCGGCCAAAGAUGGGCCGGAAAGAGCUCCUCUUGCAACACCAUUGUUAGAAAGGACAGGUUUGAAUGUGGGCGAGUGAGAACGACACAGUGUGAAGUGAGACAUGAAGUGGUGGAAGGCAGGAAGCUCACCGUGGUGGAUACCCCAGGAUGGAACAGCUGCUCCUCCCUUGCAGAGAUUCCGGAAGGAGAAAAGCUCCGGUUCAAGUUAAUUGCAUCAAAGUGUCCGCCGGGUCCCCACGCCACUCUCCUCACCGUUCCCAUUGACACAGCGUUCACAGCAGACCAACGGAAGGUUGUGGAGCAGCAUGUCAACCUCCUUGGGGAGCGGGUGUGGAGGUUCACCAUCUUGCUUUUCACUUUUGGCGACAUGCUUGGUGAGACAACAAUUGAACAGCACAUAGAGAGUGAAGGUGACGCACUCAAGUGGUUGGUGGAGAAGUGCCACCGCAGAUACCACGUGUUCAACAACAAGGACAGAAGCAAUUCCUCGCAAGUGAAAACGCUGCUGGAGAAGAUUGAGCGAUUGGUUGAGAAAAACAAUGACGGUUACUAUGAGCUGGACGGCACAACAUUCCACAUCAUUCAUGAGAAGCAACAAGAAGUGGUGAGGAGAGCCAAAAUCAGACAGCGGCGGGUGCAGGAUCAACGGCAGCAGAUGAAGGCGAUAGUUCAGGGAAGAGAGCCCCUUACCGAAGUUCAAAUGGUUCUCUUGGGAAGUCGAAACGUUGGAAAGACAUCUAUUGGAAACUUGUUCUCCAAAAUCAAAAUGCAUGACGCAGGCAUGAGAACGGCCUCCUCAGUGGCGCUGCACAGCUCUGUAGGAAACACAAAAGUGACUCUGGUUGACACUCCUGGGUGGUGGAAAAGUUUCCCUGCAUGUGACACUGCGGAAGCCACCAAAGACGAGGUAAUGAGGAGUGUUUUCCUCUGCCCCCCCGGCCCUCAUGUCUUCCUGCUGGUGAUAGACUCAGAUUCGUCCUUCAACGCAAAACACUUGGAAGCCAUAACAACACACAUGGAGCUUUUUGGAGACUCUGUGUGGAGAUACACCGUUCUGGUGUUCACACGAGGGGACUGGCUGGGCAGCCGCAGUAUCGAGGAAUUCAUUGAGGGUGAGGGAGAAGCGCUGUGGUCUCUGGUUGACCGAUGUGAAAACAGGUAUCAUGUCAUUGACGGCAAAAAUGGGGAUGACGGUCUUCAGGUUGCUGAGCUGAUGGAGCAAGUUACAGGAACUGUUGCUGGCAAUAAUGGGGAGCAUUUUGUACCUGAUGAGCAGGUCUUUGAAAGCAUUGUGGAAAGAGGAAAAAGGGUGGUGGAAGCAGCAGCACUGAGGAGAAAUCAAGUGGACAUCACACGGAAGUCUUUGAGAGGGUCCAAGAAAGAAAUAAAGGAUCUGAGGGUCUUGAUCUUUGGAGAGAGGACAGCUGGAAAAUCAUCCACAGCAAACACCAUUUUGCAAAAUGAAGUAUUUCGAAAGAGUGAAACUGAACGCUGUCAAGUUGAAAGGGCUCAGGUUGCUGACAGGUGGGUCACGGUAAUGGACACUCCAGGAUUGGUGAAGAGUUGUUUCACAGAAGAUACAGACAAGGAAAUCGCUCGUGGUUUGACUCUGUGCCCCGAGGGAUUCCACGCCGUCCUGGUGGUCGUCCCCUGUGACUUGACAUUCCAAGCCAGUCAGCUGGCCGUCCUGAAAGAAUACAUGAACCUUUUUGAUGGCGCCAUCUGGAAGCACACCAUUGUCCUAUUCACCUACAUUGACAAACUGGCUGAUAAGUCCUUUGAGGAACACAUUGAGAGGGAGCAUCAUUCACUCCGGGUGCUGGUGGAUAUGUGUGAGAACAGAUAUCAUGGCAUUAACAACAUGAGAAAAUCAGAUCAUGCCCAGGUUUCUGAGCUUUAUGAGAAGAUUGAUGAAAUGGUGGCGAGCAACCUGGGUCAGGUGUUCUGUCCAGACAUGGCGGAUGUUGAUCUGAAGAUUAAGGAGAAGCUAAGAAAGCAGAAAAUCAAACUUGUCCUUGACCAAUCGGUUCUGAAAGUGUACCAAAGGAGAGAACUAGAGAUGAAGAUGGGAUUCAGGGAUCUACUCCUUGAGAUACAAGACGACAUAAAGGAGAAGCACAAGCCUAAAUUAAUGGUUGUCGAGAAGGCCAAAAUCAAAUCGAAAGGACAUAUUCAAUGGCAAAAGAAUGAAAAAGAGAAGAAGGAAGACGUCCACACCAAAAUCAACAGGGAAGUUGAAAAACUGAAUAAAGAGAUCCUGAAAACAAGAGACCAGCUUCGGGCAAGCAUGGACAUCAUAAUGCCCAACAUGAGUGGAGAUGAUCCGCCACCGCCCACUGAAGAAUCUCUUUUCAGAAGAAAAAGCUCGAACGCCAACUUUGACAAUGUCCUCUACUGGCUGUCCACACUCCAACUUGAGACAAAUUACGAAGAUCAGCUUACCUUGAACUUCUCCAGCACCUCAGGUUAUCAAUCCAUAGCAUCACCAGAGGUCUCGACAAGACUCUUCACUCCAUAAAGGGUUUAUUGUGAUCAGAUUCUUUACGGAAACCUCCCCAUAAUGUCUAAGGUCCAGAUGAAAGAACUGCUUACAGUGGACACAGUGGACAGAUACAAUAGGAACUCAAAAUGGAUUUGAGAUUAUGGAUGUUUUUUCUUUACUGUAUGGGAAUACAAGGGCCAAAGGCAAGGACAACACUUUCACUUUGUACAGACAGUAGUUUGAAAAAGACAGAUAGAAUGUUGAAUGAAUUUGUUGAGUGAAACUGACAUUUGCUGAUACAUUCACUCCAGCAUCAGAGGGCCAUGUAAGUACUGUAAGUACUGCAAUAAAAACAAGUCCUGUUAAAACUCUGUUCUUUGAUGCUAUCCACAUUACAUUUCUUGAACCUCUAAUAGCAGAAAUAAUUUAAAUUUUGUGUACUUAGUGCGAGAUAGCACAAUAAGUGGAUUUUGAGAAAUCUGAUAAUGAUAUGAUUCAUUUUCCAGUUUUCCAGUUCUUUUUUUUUUUAAAUAAAUCAUUCAACAAAGCUUCAUAAAGAAACAUACAGCAUUUAAAGGAUUGCAACUGUGUUUUGAGUUGUGUUAUUAAAUGUUUGGGAAGACAUUAAACUGUUUGUAUUAUGAACGUGGCGUUGUGUUCCCAAU